CUGGGGACUGUGACCAAGAUGCUCCUCCCACCGGUCUUUUCCUGGAAGCCAAGCCUCCUUUUAAUCUGUAUAAAGUCGACACCCCAGGGAUAGAGUGAUUGCAGAAACUGCCUUUUCUCUCUCAGAGACCAAGCUAGAGACUCAGAGGAGGCUCCUCCAGGGCAGUGAGACCACCAUGGCUUGGAAGUCCCUGGUCCUGCUGCCAUGGCUGGUCCUGGUGCUGCUGGUGCUGGGGUGGGUCCAGCCUUCCCUGGGCAAGGAAUCGCCGGCCAUGAAGUUCCAGCGGCAGCACAUGGACUCCGGCAGCUCCCCAGGCAACAACUCCAACUACUGCAACCAAAUGAUGAUGCGCCGAAAAAUGACCCAGGGACGGUGCAAGCCGGUGAACACCUUUGUGCACGAGUCCCUGGAAGAUGUCAAGGCCGUCUGCUUCCAGAAAAACAUCCACUGCAAGAAUGGGAAGACCAACUGCUAUGAGAGCAACUCCACCAUGUACAUCACAGAGUGCCGCGAGACGGGCAGCUCCAAGUACCCCAACUGUGCCUACAAGACCAGCCAGAAGGAGAAACACAUCAUCGUGGCCUGUGAGGGGGACCCAUACGUGCCAGUCCACUUUGACGGUUCUGUGUAGGUAUCUACCUGAAGCCAGAGAUGCCCCACCUCAUCGCCUCUCCCCCUCUCGCUUCCUUGCCCUGCAGGCAAGAACUCAAGUUAGUUAGGGCUCUCAUCUACCCCCGCGCGCACACACACACACACACACACACACACACACACACACACACACGUGCUCCCCUGGCCUGAGGCUGGCCCCUGCGUGGCUUGGGGGGUGAGGAGUGGGUUGUGAGAUGGAGCCUAUGUUGACCACUUCACUGCUUCUUGCAAUAAAACACAGUUGCAACCA